UGUGUUGUUCCCUUUUUAUAGGUUCUUGCAUUCGUCUGCCUAUGACAUUGACAUGAAUCUACAACAUUGAGUGGUCCUUCACCUUUUGGAUUGACCAACCUUCUUCUUCUUCUUGAAGAAAAGAGAAAAGUAGAAGAUGGCAGCCCUCAAUAAACGCGUCGUAAUCAUUGGCGCUGGCAUUGUCGGGGCCAACCUCGCCGACGAGCUGGUCUCGCGAGGAUGGACCGACAUCACCGUCGUCGAGCAAGGCCCCUUGAACAUGCCUGGUGGCUCGACGUCGCAUGCACCAGGCCUGGUCUUCCAGACCAACCCGUCAAAGACUAUGGCCCUGUUCGCUCGCUACACAGUCGACAAGCUGCUGUCUCUCGACUGCUUCAACCAAGUGGGAGGUCUUGAGAUUGCCACCACGGGCGAACGUAUGGAGGAACUCAAGCGGAAGCAAGGCUAUGCUUACUCGUGGGGUAUCGAUGCUCGACUGAUCGACACCGCUGAGUGCCUCAGAUUAUAUCCUCAUCUGAAUCGCGGCAAGGUGCUGGGUGGUCUGCACAUCCCCAGUGACGGGCUAGCUCUAGCCGCCCGGGCUACUCAGCUCCUCAUCGAACGGACACAAAAGGCAGGCGUUCGAUAUCGAGAUCUCACCGAAGUCACAGGCAUACAACAAGCCGACGGCCACGUCACGGGCGUGACGACAAAAAAUGGAACGAUCCCGGCUGAUAUAGUGGUCUCGUGUGCCGGAUUCUGGGGCGUCGAAGUGGGAGCCAUGGUCGGGUUGACGAUACCUUUGGUACCACUCGCUCACCAGUAUGUGAAGACGACCAAAGUCCCAGCCCGGGCAGGUCGUGUGCCUCAACCAAAUGGAGCUGUUUUGCCAAUUUUACGAUAUCAAGACCAAGACCUGUACUACCGCGAACACGGCGAACAGUACGGUAUCGGAUACUACGGACAUCGACCGAUGCCUGUUGUUGCAGCGUCAUUGGGAUCCACGCCCAAGCAUGUCGACGAGAAGCACAUGCCGUCGAGACUGGAGUUUACACCAAAGGAUUUUGAACCGGCGUGGAAACACUCCCAAGAGAUCUUACCUGCACUGCAGCAGACUGAGAUUGAAGACGGAUUCAAUGGAAUCUUCUCCUUCACGCCGGACGGCGGCUCGCUCGUUGGAGAGUCGCCCACCUUGGACGGUUUCUGGGUCGCCGAAGCAGUUUGGGUGACACACUCUGCAGGUGUGGCGAGGGCGGUCGCCGAGGUGUUGACGACGGGCAAGUCUCAAAUCGACCUGACAGAGUGUGAACUCUCGAGAUUCGACGACGUGCAACUCACCCAUGCAUACGUCCAGGAAACAUCACAGCAGAACUUUGUUGAGGUAUACGACAUCAUACAUCCACUCGCACCCAAAUUGUCUCCGCGGAAUCUACGAGUCAGUCCAUUCUACCCGCGCCAGUCUGAACUAGGGGCGUACUUUCUCGAGUCGAGUGCGUGGGAACGCCCAUUCUGGUACGCCACGAACGCAGCUUUGCUGAAGAGUCUGCCACGGGAAUGGCAGCCUGUUGACCGCGAUGCGUGGUCCUCUCAACACUAUUCGCCCAUCGCGGCAGUUGAAGCUUGGAAGACCAGAACGGCCGCGGCCUUGUAUGACAUGACGCCACUGCGUCGACUCGAAGUCUCUGGACCUGGAGCAGUCAACUUGUUGCAGCGGGUGACCACGACCGAUGCCUCCAAGGACCCUGGCUCCGCGAGUUACUCCUUGCUUCUUACCGAGCACGGAGGAGUUCGAAGCGAAAUCACCGUGGCCAGGGUCGAGGAAGAGUUAUUCCAGAUUGCCUGCAACACUCCCGUAGACCUGGCCUAUCUCAGCAGAGAGGCCAAGAGGCAGUCUCAGAAGGAGCCAUCUCAGUGGACACAGGUGCGAGACAUUACUGGCGCUACGUGCGGCGUAGGACUUUGGGGUCCACGCGCCCUCGACGUGAUCAGCAGAGUCGCCGCAGGCGACUUCAAAGAUCUUCGCUACUCCCGGUGCAAGAAAGUCAACGUCGGGGGAAUCCCAGUCACCGCAAUCCGAUUGUCUUUCGUUGGUGAACUGGGCUGGGAGCUCUGGACCAGCGCUGAAUAUGGACUGGCACUUUGGGACCUUCUCUGGAAGGUCGGUCAGCCUCACGGGCUGAUUGCAGCCGGCCGUACCGCAUUCAACGCCUUGCGCAUGGAAAAGGGGUUCCGGUUCUUUGGCACCGAUAUGACCACCGAGCACAACCCAUACGAAGCUGGUCUUGGCUUCGCUGUUGAUCCGCACAAGAAAGGGUACAUCGGCUAUGCCUCCAUUCAAAGCCUUUCGAAGACACCUUCUCGACGAUUGCGCUGUCUCACGAUAGACGACGGCCGCUCAGUGGUGAUGGGCAAAGAACCAGUCUUCCUCAACGGCAGAGCAAGCGGCUACGUGACAAGCGCAGCCUUCGGCUAUACAGUCCGCAAACCCAUCGCCUAUGCUUGGCUACCCAGCACGGUCACGGAAGGCGCAACUGUUGAGAUCGAGUACUUUGGUAAGCGGAUAAAGGCUACCGUGAGCCCCGAACCGCUCUACGACCCGCAAAUGAGCCGUCUGAAAGACCAGAAAUCUACUCCUUCUGCAAGGUUGUAGGAGCAACCCAUUACUCUAGGAGACAACACGAUGACAAUGGCAGCCGGGCGCACAAUUCAAUGCGUGGAAAGCGUCCAAAGUUGUCGAGGUUGAGUAUCCAGCAGCCUGGCAUUGGAGGCGAAGAUAUAGAGGUAAUGAGCGACGAUCCGGUGUUUUGAGGAUCUGGUAUUAUUUCUUUUGAGACGCGAGCAAGAUCGAACAUACUGCAUUCAGCAAUUCUGGAAUGUGAAAAGGCAUCAUAUUCAGCAUAUAUAUGAAGACGAAACAUGAAGUGAGUUUUAAGACCGUCUUUCUCAUAACAGC